CGAGAAGAGUUAACCAAGUUGUUAUAAUUUAUGAUUAUAUAUCUCAAAAUAUUUAAAAUUAUUAAGACUUUAAUUGAAAAUAUAUGUGCAUUUUAUUAGUAUUUGAAUAGAUAAGAUUAUUCAUAUAUUUAAAAUUUGAAAAUGUUUCGAAUAUCUUUAAAUAAUUUAAUUAAAAGACAAAUACAUGGAAAUGCAGAAAUAAUAGAAAACUGUAAGGAAAUCAUAAACCGUAAUCCACGAAAUUUAGAACGUUUAAGGAUCGCCAGAAAACCGAUAGGUUAUGCCCUUGAUGCACGUGAAACUGCAUUUUGGCAUAAACUUGAAAUAUAUACCACUCAGCGUAAUAUUAUAACAGAAAUACAUCAUUUUGAAAAUGGUCCUGUUAUUACAGUCUCAAGUAAAGAAUGGGGAAUAAAAAAACAAUUAUAUAGCACAAGAGAUGUUAUAGCAUUCAAAUUUGUAGGACGUGUGCUUGCACAACGUUGCUUAGAAAGUGGUAUAUCUGAAAUAUAUGUUAAUAAUUCAAUUGCUGUUGGAUCUAAGGUACAAUUACUAUUAGAUACAUUAUCAGAAAAUGGAAUUUGCUUGAAAGAACCAGAAAGAUAUAAAGUUCCAAAACCUGGUAUAUUAGUGCAUCCAGAGAAACCUUGGGAAAUAUAUGAAUAGUUUUUAAUUAUAUGUGAAUGUUAUAUAACAAUGAAUGUUAUAUAAUGAAUGUAUAUGAUAAUAAAUUUAAAUUAUAAUAUAUAUAUUUAUAAUACUAUAUAUAUAUAUAUAUAUAUAUAUAUAUGUAUAAAUAAAUUUUUCUAAUUAUAAGUUAUUAUAUAAUAAACCAAAAUAUGAUAUUAAUUUUUC